GCUCUGGAGUGGUGGUACACCACCGCAGAGGACGCGCUAGCUCGCGGCAAGGCGCUGGCGCCGCCCCCCCCGCCGCCCCCGCCUCGGCCGGUGCCCCCGCCCGCGGGUGUGGGCCUCCCGCCCGACCCCUCGGACUGCCCGGUGUGCAGGCACCGCACCACCAACCCCGCCACCAUCGCCACCUCCGGCUACGUCUUCUGCUACCCCUGCGCGCUGGGCGCUGUGAUGCAGCACGGCCGCUGCCCCGUGUCACACCUGCCCGCCUCGCUCGACCACAUACGCAAGCUGUAUGAGGCGUCGUAGGGGGCUGCGGUGAGAAGGAAGAAACCGAGAAGUCCGCAUGCCUGAAGCCCACAACCCAGGAAGUGCUGAGUGGGUGGGGUAGGCAUGUGGGUGAAAGAAGAAUACCCAGGUGUGUUUGCGGACAAUGGCAAACGAGGUGACAAGCCCUGGGGGAAUUGAUUUGAGGCAUGUGGGUGGGAGGCGGGUUGAAGGCGGUGGCAAUUAGCGUGGAGGCUCACUGGAGAUUACCGUACAUGAGUGCGAGGGGUGGGGUACAGGACAACAGGAGUAAAGAGUGUGCGAGUCGGAGGAGGGUGCUUUGCUGUGAAUGUCGCUUGUGGUGCUGCCGCCUCGGCUAAAGCCGUCGCGCGCCAGUAUUAAGGUGGAACUUGGCAAUGUAUCGCAGCGCUCUCAAGACGCAUUCCCUAUGCCGCGUGCAGUGUUUGUUGCGCGCUGCUAUCGUGACUUUGGAAGGCUGGAAGGGACUUGACGCUGACGCUGCAUAGUCAAAAUGGCUUUGCCUAGAGGGACGUAGGGAGGCAUGGUUCAGGAACUUUGGGUCUUGCUGAAGUCCUUCAGCACUUCUGCGUUAAUGGGCUUAGGGGGAAUUGAUGGUUUGUGAGUAGUGAAGUUCUUGCGGUCUGGCCAACAUUGCCAGCGGCGGGAAGAGAACCUGCGCUGCAUAGCGGUUCAUGAGAUUAUCGCCUGACAUUACCGGUAUGUGACUGAUUAUCCUGGCGUGUUGUUGCAGCGUGGCAAGCAGCAACCGGUAAAGGGCCGCAUGAACGCAGUCGCAGCCAUGCGCGCCAGAUUCACUGGGUGUUGCCGUACGGCCAAAAUUGGCUUUAGGCGAGAUUACAGGCCUACCUUCGUUCGG